AUGCCUCGUGUCAGCAUUCUCCAGCUGCUCGUUCUCUCGCUGAUGCUGCUGUCGCUCGUCUUCGCGACCGACCAGCCCGACGCUGCCCGUGAGUCUCACCAGGGUGUUGUGAGCACCGGCGAAGGACAUACCAGCAAUACCCUCCACGACGCCCUCCACGCUCUUUCCUCCAAGUUCCGCGACGGCAUAUUCGAAACUGACCUGACUGCUGCCGAAGCCCUGCAAGAUGAAGACCAGACCAUCGCCAAUCUGGUGAAGCUCGUCAAGCGUCAGGACAAUGCGACCACUACCGAGUCCACAGCUUCUACUCCGGCUCCCACUACUUCGUCCAGCAGCGAGGCUCCCACUACGUCCGAGGCGACCACCAGCUCCUCGUCCGAGCCCACUACCACCACGUCUACUACCUCGACUAUUAGCACCACGGGCAGCUCAGCCCCCGCUACCACCGAUAAGACGACCACCACUUCUGCGUCCACCCCGGCGGAGACCACAGAUACCAGUUCCUCGUCUUCCUCGAGCUCCAGCUCCUCGAGCUCCUCGGUGCCGACCACUCUGACCACCACGAGCAGCAGCAGCUCAUCUUCGUCUUCCUCGUCGACCAACACGAUCACCAGCACCAGUGCCCCGGAGAGCUCCUCUACCUCCACCAUCAAGCACACGACCACUCUGCCUAACGGUGAGGUGAGCACGCUCACCUCCACCACCGUGGUCAAGGUUCAUCCUACCGGUUCGGCUACGGCCACCACUGGAGCCCACGCUGGUCUGCAGACUGGUGCAGCCGCCGUGGCUACGGUCGGCCUCACUCGUGAGGUGGUCGCCAUUGUUGGCGGAGCGGUGGCUGUUGCCAUGGCUCUGUGA